CACAGAGUUAAUAAAAAUAAAAAAUAAAAUAAAAAAAAGACCAGUGAGUGAGAAAGUAGAAGGUAGAAAGUGGAAGCAGAUCCACUCCAUAUAGCUCUCUUCAAAGUCCUUCAAUUCACUGAACCUCAGAUAAAUCUCAAACUUUUUUAUUUUUUUUUCUUUUUUUUUUCUUUCUCUUCUUUAACAUCAGAUCAGCAAUCUCCACCAUCACACCACCCAAAAAAAGCCCUAAAAAAGCUACUUGAAUUUCACUGUUCAACUUUUUCUUUUUUGUUGCCUCAUUUUUUUGACUGCGCUUGCUAAACAAAUCAUUACUUUGUCGGGGAAAAGGACCUAGGGUUUGAUUCUUGAGAAAUAUUAGGGUUUGGGUGGUGGGAGUGUUUGGAUGCCGGGAAAAUGUGGUGAGAAAUGAGGGUGAAAAAUGGGGUGCGUGUUUGGAAGAGAGGUUUCGGCCAAGAGAGUGGUGGAGAGGAGGGAAGACAGGGAUGUGGCAGCGGCGGAGGCAGCAGCAGCGACGGUAGCAGUGGUUAGGGUUGAGAAGGAGGAGGUGAGGAACGGCGGUGAUCGCAAGGAGGAGGAGAAGGAGGGAAGUGUGCGUUCCAGGAGGCGAUCGGGGAGGCCGAAUCCUAGGUUGAGCAAUCCUCCAAAGAAUGUUCACGGCGAGCAGGUGGCUGCCGGGUGGCCGUCUUGGCUCUCAGCGGCCGCGGGCGAGGCUAUCAAUGGCUGGACGCCUCGCCGGGCUGAUACGUUUGAGAAGCUUGAUAAGAUUGGGCAAGGCACAUAUAGCAACGUAUACAAAGCUAGGGAUACUUUGACAGGGAAAAUUGUGGCAUUGAAGAAGGUAAGAUUCGACAAUUUGGAGCCAGAGAGUGUAAAGUUCAUGGCUAGAGAGAUUCAUAUUCUAAGACGGUUGGAUCACCCAAAUGUGGUAAAAUUGGAAGGUUUAGUGACUUCAAGGAUGUCCUGUAGUCUAUACCUUGUAUUUGAGUAUAUGGAGCAUGAUUUGGCUGGACUUGCUGCAAGCCCAGGGAUCAAGUUCACAGAACCUCAGGUCAAAUGUUACAUGCAUCAAUUAUUAUCAGGGCUAGAACACUGUCAUAAUCGCAAUGUGCUGCACCGUGAUAUUAAGGGGUCAAAUCUUCUUCUUGACAAUGGAGGAGUUCUCAAGAUUGCUGAUUUUGGUCUGGCUUCUACUUUUGAUCCUAAUCAUAAGCAGCCCAUGACUAGUAGAGUGGUUACUCUAUGGUAUCGGCCACCGGAACUGCUUCUUGGGGCCACCGAAUAUGGUGUAGGUGUGGACCUCUGGAGUGCUGGCUGCAUUCUAGCUGAGUUAUUGGCCGGGAAGCCUAUCAUGCCUGGUCGCACCGAGGUGGAGCAGCUACACAAGAUAUUUAAGCUAUGUGGCUCUCCUUCUGAAGAAUACUGGAAAAAAUCAAAGUUGCCGCAUGCAACCAUAUUUAAGCCUCAACAAUCAUACAAGCGAUGCAUAGCAGAGACAUUUAAGGAUUUUCCAGCAUCAUCAUUGCCCCUAAUUGAGACACUUCUUGCAAUUGAUCCAGCUGAACGUCAAACUGCCACUGCUGCAUUGAGGAGUGAAUUCUUCACAACCAAACCUUAUGCUUGUGAGCCUUCCAGCCUUCCAAAAUAUCCUCCCAGCAAGGAGAUGGAUGCUAAAUUACGGGAUGAAGAAGCCAGAAGAUUGAGAGCUGCUGGCAAAGCUAAUGUAGAUGGAGUGAAGAAAACUCGUACACGUGAUCGAGCUGUAAGGGCAAUGCCUGCUCCAGAAGCCAAUGCUGAGCUGCAAGCCAAUCUUGAUAGGCGACGUCUAAUAACUCAUGCAAAUGCCAAGAGCAAGAGUGAAAAGUUUCCUCCCCCACACCAGGAUGGAACCCUUGGCUACCCAUUGGGUUCUUCACACCACCUUGAUCCAGUCUUUGAUCCUCCUGAUGUCCCAUUCAGUUCCUCCAAUUUCACAUAUUCAAAAGCACCCAUCCAAACGUGGUCAGGCCCAUUGGUUGAUCCUGCUGCUGUAGGUGCUCCAAGGAGAAAAAAAUAUAUGGCAGGUGAUGGACAUGCACAGUCAAAGCAACCAAAGGAUUCUCAUAGAGAUAAGAAUUCUGCUCGGGUCAAAGAGAAAGAAGGCAUGUAACAUAUUAUUUCUAGUUUUGUUGAGAAUCAAUUCAUGAGGCUGCAAAUGCUGCAGCGGAUCCAGAGUGUCUUAAGUUCCAGCGGGGAAAGCCAGCCAGUCAACUUCAACAGAGGUAAAAUAUCUUGUAUUUCAUUUUUCUAUUUUAUGUUCUAUUUUUUCCUUUGGAAUGUUGAGAAGAUUCGCAAGUAUUGUAUAUUUUUUAUUAUUUAUCCCUUUGUGUUGAAAACUCUAUUUAGGUUAGUGAAAAUUUAAUAAACUUGUCACGAGAACCCAA